CAGUCCAACCUCUCCCUCUACACAAUAACCGCCCUCCUCAUCCUCGAUACGGAUGGCCAGCGUGUACUCGCCAAAUACUACGCACCCCCUCAUCAAGAGCAUGCGGGCCAGGGGCUGGUGGCGGAUCUGAAUGUGGGACCAGGGGGACCGGGGAUGACUGGGUUGACGGGGACGAAGGAGCAAAAGGUGUUUGAGAAGGGGGUGAUGGAGAAGAUUAAGCGGGGCGGAGGUGAUAUCCACCCCUUACCUCCCCACCUAAUCCUCACCAAAACAUCCACCGACCUCCACUUCAUCCUCGUCGGCCCCUUAUCAACAUCCAACGAGCUUAUGCUCCAACUCACCCUCAAUGCCUUCCACGACGCCGUCUCUUUGCUCCUCCGCGGACAGAUCGAGAAGCGGAAUGUACUGGAGGGGCUGGACCUGGUAUUGCUCGCAGCGGACGAGACGGUCGAUGAUGGAAUCAUCCUCGAGACGGAUGCAGCGGCGAUCGCGUCGAGAGUGUCCAGACCAAAGGCUGAUACGACCGAUAUAGUCAUCAACGAGCAGACACUUCUCAGCGCAUAUUCGACAAUGAAGGAGCGCAUCACACAGCGGAUCGGUCAACUGUAG